ACGUCUUCUCCCUUUGCUGCACUCUGCCAAACCUCUGCCGCUCAGUCGUAAAGCUGCUGGUGUCCGCCUGCUGGUGUACCGCCGUCAAUAAUCCGCCGAGGGCAGUCCGGUCUGGUUCUUCUCCGCCUGUGUAGGCGGGAGCUUCCCUAGCCCGAUCCCGCAUGGAACGGCACUGCUGGAGUAGACAUGCAGAGGCGCGCUUCCAUCCCGCAACAAGAACCAUGUCCAUGUCGCACCGCAAGCAGACCCAGUCCACCUUCCUUCACCUCAUACGACUUUGAUAUGAGUGACAUUGUCUGGGAUACCGACGAGGAGUAAAAAAAAAAAAAAAAAAAAAAAAAACUAACCCAGCCGGGUUCUGCUGCAGACGUUUGUGUACCGUCAACCUCUGCAUACAGGAUCUUUUUUUUAUUUUUAUUUUUUUUGAUGGAGCUGGAGAAUAUAGUGGCCAACACUGUACUGCUUAAAGCCAGAGAGGCGCAUGGAUUCAUGUAUCAAAAGCCUCCGAGGAAUUACGGCGUGACGCAGGAGUCGAGAGUGCGCUUCUGGCAGCACCGCGUAUCUGGCGGGUGAUGACAUACUUUGGAAGAAGAAGGGCAGCCUGCACAGUGGAGGAGGCAAGCGGAAAGGGCGGAGCAAAAAAUGGAAGGAGAUCCUUCGCUUCCCCCACAUAAGUCAGUGCACUGAGCUGGGCAACAGCAUAGUAGAGAAAGACUAUGUCAGCAUAUGUGAGAAGCAACCUAUCGGAAGGCAGCUCUUCCGUCUUUACUGUGAGACAAGGCCGAAACUGCAACGCUGCAUCCAGCUCCUGGACGCAAUGGACGAUUACGAGGUGACGCCUGAUGAAAAAAGAAAAAGCAGAGGGGACCAGAUUAUCAAGACCUUCCUUUCUAAACAAUCACCUCAACGUGUCGACAUAGUGGAGGUCUUUGCUGAUCAGUGCCGAGAGAACCUGGAGCUCAGUCCAUGUAAGGAAAUCUUCAGCAGCUGUCACAAGGCCGUCCACGACUAUCUGAGCGCUGCGCCAUUCGCAGACUUUGAGAACAGCAUGCACUUUGACCGUUUCCUGCAGUGGAAAAUGCUGGAGAGGCAACCAAUCACUAAAGACACUUUCCGACAGUACAGAGUGCUCGGGAAGGGAGGAUUCGGAGAGGUGUGCGCCUGCCAAGUUCGAGCAACAGGGAAAAUGUACGCCUGUAAAAAGUUGGAGAAGAAGAGGAUCAAGAAGAGGAAAGGAGAGUCAAUGGCGCUCAAUGAAAAGCAGAUCUUAGAGAAAGUUAACAGUAGAUUUGUUGUGAGCUUGGCGUACGCGUACGAGACCAAAGACGCUCUGUGUCUGGUGCUGACGAUCAUGAACGGAGGAGACCUUAAGUUCCACAUCUACAACAUGGGCACGCCGGGUUUUGAGAAAGACCGGGUCCAGUUUUAUGCCGCUCAGAUCUGCUGUGGUCUCAAGCAUCUCCACCGGGAAUCUAUUGUCUACAGAGAUUUGAAGCCAGAGAACAUCUUACUGGAUGACAAUGGACACAUCCGUAUUUCUGACCUGGGCCUUGCCAUUAAAGUGCCUGAAGGGGAGCUCAUCCGAGGAAGGGUUGGGACAGUGGGCUACAUGGCUCCAGAGGUGAUCAACAACGAAAAAUAUGGAAUGAGUCCCGACUGGUGGGGGCUGGGCUGCCUCAUAUAUGAGAUGACAGCCGGGCGAUCGCCCUUCCGUGCCCGAAAAGAGCGUGUGAAGCGUGAGGAGGUGGAGAGGAGGGUGCAGGAGGAAGAGGAGGAGUACAACGACAAGUUUACCGAGGACACCAAGGACAUCUGUAGAAGGCUGCUCACCAAAGACCCAAAGCAGAGGCUGGGCUGCCAGGGGGACAGAGCACCAGGUGUCGAGGCCCACCCCUUCUUCAAAAACAUCAACUUCAAAAGGCUGGAGGCUGGAAUAGUGGAGCCUCCGUUUGUGCCUGAUCCUCGGGCAGUGUACUGUAAGGACGUGCUGGACAUUGAGCAGUUCUCUACAGUCAAGGGAGUGAAUUUGGACCAAACUGACAAUGACUUCUACUCCAAAUUUGCUACAGGCAGUGUUUCCAUCCCAUGGCAGAAUGAGAUGAUAGAAACCGAGUGCUUCAGAGAUUUAAAUGUGUUCGGGCCUCAAGGGGCAAGACCUCCAGACCUUGACUGGAGUCAACCUCCGGAGCCACCUAGACGCAGCCUGCUCGACAGGAUCUUCAGGAGGCACCACCCAGACGUGUCUAUUUCCCACAGCCGUGUGCAGUCUUCCAGCGUCAACUCUGUGGACUCCAUGUCCAACUCUGCCCCCUAGUGGUGCAGUGACAGCGUGGGAGCCAUACACAUAAAAGGGAAGGAGCUCAGAGGGCUUCCCUUGCUGCUGAUUGGUUCACAGCUGGGGCCUGAGACAGCCUGACUGAAAGGGUCGGUCCAUAAGGGGAGAACGAUCGGGCCUAGAGACCCCGGGCCAUUUUUUUUUUUUUUUUUAGCGAAAUGUCCGUAGACAUCUGGAAAUUAUCGGACGAACCCUCUCAUCCUCAGGAUUGUCGGACUUACGGAACGGAGCGAGUCGUAAAAGGAUAGAAAACAAGCUAAUAUUCAGGGGAUCCUCUGUAUAAUAAAGACCCACCACACAGAAUAGAGAAGUGGGUCUCAGUGAUGCUUCUGUUUAUUUUCUCCAAAAAGAGUCCUUUAAUUUCUGGCCUAUACCUUGUACCAAUAUCUAUCUAUCUAUCAUCUGUAUAUCACUUCUCUGUGUCUUACCUCAAAUCACUCCUAAACAUUCAGAACAGCCUGCCUCAUCCGUGACCUCAGCCCAUAAUGGACAUCGCCUCACGUACACUCAGGCCAAAGAUUACAGUUCAUUUUUGUGAUACUGUCGUCAUGUUUUCUUUUUUUCUUUUUUUUCCCUGCGGUCUGAAGUGGUCAUUUUAGAACCACCUGGGAUCAUCAGUAUGCGCUCCGAUGAAUACACACAUAUAAUAAGCCUCGCGGGCGUUAUCGUAUAGCUCACAUCUGUUCAGACAGAAUAGUGACGAUGGUGUCGUGUUGUCAUUGCAUGGACAAAGUGUAAGUAUGGACAGCUGUGUAUCCCUUUCUGCUUCUGCAUACCUCAUUCCACAGAUCCUAUUGUGCACCGUGCAACACGGACGACUCCCUCGGUUUACAGUGUCACUUCAUAUUUGGAAAAAUUCAACAAAUAAAGAAAAUGCUGUACUGCAGGGCUAUUCAACUGGCGGCCCGAGUUCGGUUCAAAA